AUGGAGUUGCUCUGGAGAGACUGCCUGGAGCUACCCUCUGAGGCACCCGGGGCUGCAAGCAGCGUGAAGCAGAUGUACAGAGAAAUGGGAUACGUACCAUGUGCUGAUGGUGGGGAGCUGACGGGUGUCAACGUCACGCCCGCCCCGCUGCGGCUCAAGCUGCUGCGCCUGGCCCAGCUCUGCACCGAGUACCUGCUGCACUCGCAGGAGUACCUCAGCGCCCAGCUCGGCAGCCUGGAGGAGGCCCUGCGGGCCGCCCAGGCCCAGCGCGACCAGCUGGGCAAGGAGGUGGCCCACCGCUCGCAGGAGAUCAAGGGGCUCAAGGAGGAGUGCCGCCGGAGGAAGAAGAUGAUCAGCACCCAGCAGAUGAUGCUGGAGGCCCGAGCCAGCUACCACCAGUGUCAGUUUUGUGAAAAGGCUUUUAUGAACUAUUCCUUUUUACAAAGUCACAUGCAAAGGCGUCAUCCAGAAGAAUCUCAGAUUGAACAGAAGAGGAAAGCAAAGACAGACAAACUGCAGGAUGAGAUCGAUAAACUGAAGGAGCAGUUGCAGCUCACCAAGUCCCAGUUAGAGACUGAACAACAGGCUAAUAUGGUCAGGUUUUCUAAGGAAUGUGAACAGCAAAAAUCAAAAGAAGAAGAAAUUCUACAAUCAUUUCAUAAAUGGAAAGAGGAGGAGAAAGAGAAAUUGGCUGAUGAAAUAGAAAAAGUGAAAGAGAUGUUUAUGAAAGAGCUUAAGGAGUUGUCUUCAAGAAAUUCAACAUUAGAAAAUCAACUGUUAGAAUUACAAAAGUCCAAUAUGCAACAAAAAUCCAAUUUAGGGACACUGAAAGACAGCCAAGAAUUUACAGAAGAGAAACCUCAGAGUCCUCAGGAUUAUCACAAUGUGGUUAAACUUCUUGAAAAACAGGAAAGUAAGUGGACAUCUAGAAUACAAGCCCUUCAUCAUGACCACGAGACAGAAAAGUCCCUGCUACUGUCACAGAUUGAGAAGCUUAAAUCAUCAGUGAGAGAAGACCUGAAUAAAAACAACACCUUUUACAAGAGGAGGAUAGAAGAAUUGGGGCAGAGGCUUCAGGAGCAGAAUGAUCUAAUUAUUACUCAGAAGAAGCAGAUAAAAGAAUUGUCCACAAGAUCCGUUGCAAGCAUUAAACCAUAUGAUGUGAACACUACUUUAGAGCGUCUUGAAGAGUCUAAACCAAGUCUACCAGUGAUGCAUGAGCAGGCACCCUUGGUGCAUAUGCUGGAGCCCAUAGAGGAGCUUUCAGAAGAAGAAAAAGAAAUUGAGAAAGGUGAUCAUAAAACAGUUAGAAGUAACCACUAUUUAAUAAAUGCUUUGAAGACUGAUCCUUCUUUAACUAAAGAAUUACGAGUUGUUUUGGAGCAAGCCCUGGAGGAGAAGCUUGAAUCCUUGGGAAUUAAAGCAGGUGUUCGCGGUAUCCCAAAUGAGCGCUUAAAUAAAAUUUUGCGUGCUAUUCAAUCUGCUAGAGAAUGCAAACAGAAGCAAGAGCCUGACAUUCAGCGAAUUCGAGAGCAUCUUGAACGCCAAGUUAGCUUUAGGGUUGAAGAGAAAUCGUCAUCUUGUAAUAGACCUGUUUCCUGUCCUCAGCUUCCUUCUGAAGAUAAACAGAAGUUCAAUCAGUUAGGAAUUCCCUCAUCUGCCACACCACAAAAAACAGUAAAACGGUCUUCAACAGCUGUCCGCCCAGCUGAACAAAGAACAGCAACCACUGAGAAUACAUCUACACCAAAAUCCAGGAAGCUUUUUGGAAAUGGAGUUUCCAGAAAGACAUCUAGUAUCACAACUCCACCAUUCAGUUCAGAGGAAGAAGUAGAUGAAGACGAUAUUAAGCAGGCUUACAUAUCACCAGAAUUAUUGCAAAAGCAGUCAAAAACAUCAAGCAGCAAAGUCAGUGCUUUUCAGAAGGCUUCUUGCAAAGGCGAUAUGGAUGGGAUGGAGGGAAGUGAAAUUGAAGAAACUGGAACACCUGUGAAAACUUCAAAAGGAGCAGUUAUUCAAAAACUGACGGAACAAGUUGGAAAGAGUCUUUCUAACCAUGGAAAUAAGAACAAACCAGCUGGAGGGAUUAAUGUUGCACAGGCAUUUAUUAAGAAAGAAGAGGUGCAAGAACUGAAGUUCACAGAAGUUGACGAAGAUGACUGGGAUAUAUCGUCAGUAGAAGAAGACUUUUUAUUAAUGAAAGAUGAUAGAGGCCAGAAGGCACUGACAGUUCAGAAAAAUGAUUCAAACGCUGCAUCUGUGGUACAUGCCUGGGGUCUUCCGAAGACAAGCGUACCAAAGGAGGAAGGCCCUCAUGAAGCUGAUAAUACAAGCACGUUAAAAAGCAGCUUAGUCACUGUAACAGACUGGAGUGAUUCUUCAGAUAUAUAA